AUGGCGGACCAUAUCAAGUCGGAAGAUGCCAUAUUCGGUGCUGGACCUAACGAGAAGAAGACAACCUACGAUGUCCACUCUACCUCUGGAAGCAGCGAUGUCGAGAAGCAGGAUGACUCGAUCCGCGCAGGGACCACAGUACAGCUCAAGCGCAAGCUACAGUCACGGCAUCUUCAGAUGAUAGCGAUCGGAGGAACCAUUGGUACAGGACUCUUCAUCGGAUCAGGUUCGGCACUCGCAACAGCAGGACCUGCUGGAGCACUCAUCGCAUAUGCCUUCAUUGGAACUUUAGUCUACUCGGUCAUGGUGGCGCUUGGAGAGAUGGCCACCUAUAUCCCGAUAUCCGGUGCCUUCACAGUCUACGCAGCAAGAUUCGUUGACCCGGCGCUAGGAUUCGCUAUGGGAUGGAUCUACUGGUUUUCCUGGGCAAUCACAUACGCACUCGAGUUGACGGCAUGUGGUCUUAUCAUCCAGUACUGGGCACCAGAACUCAAUGUCGGCAUCUUCAUUGGCGUAUUCUGGCUAGUCAUAACUGCCAUCAACUUCCUGCCAGUGUCAUUUUACGGAGAGGUCGAGUUCUGGUUCGCAUCGAUUAAGGUCCUCACAGUCAUUGGCUUCCUCAUCUUCGCCAUCUGUAUCGACGCUGGUGCAGGACAGCAAGGCUACCUCGGCUUCAAGUACUGGCAUCACCCAGGUGCUUUUACACCAUACAAUGCAGUCUGGACGGAUCAAGCACUCGCCAAGUUCGUUAGCUUCUGGUCUGUGCUUAUUCAGGCUGGGUUCUCGUACCAGGGUACAGAGCUUGUCGGUAUUGCUGCUGGUGAGACUGCCAACCCACGCAAGACUGUGCCCGCGGCUAUCAAGAAGACCUUCUACAGAAUUCUGUUCUUCUUCGUCUUCACCGUUAUCUUCAUCGGCCUUUUGGUGCCCUCCGACAACGAGCAGCUUCUUUCUGGCAACACCGAUGCAUCAGCCUCACCUAUGGUCAUCGCGGCUAAGCUCGCUGGCGUUAAAGUGCUACCAGGACUCAUCAACGCCGUCCUCCUCUGCGUCGUCCUCAGCGCAGCAAACGCAAACGUCUACAGCGGGUCCCGCAUUCUCGUUGGUCUCGCCGAGGAGCGCUCAGCACCAAGUUGGUUCAAGCUCACUACCAAUGGCGGCGUACCUUAUGUCGGCGUAGCUUUCACCGCCGCAUUCGGUCUCCUCGGCUUCCUCAACGAGUCAACAGACGGUGGCAAAGUAUUCGACUGGCUGCUCAAUAUCACCUCGAUCGCCGGCUUCAUCAGCUGGACCUGUAUCAACAUUUGCCACAUCGCCUUCAUGCGGGCCCUCAAAGCACGAGGCCAAUCACGAGAUACACUACCAUACAAAGCAUUCUGGCAACCGUGGUUCAGCUGGUACGGCCUAUUCUUCAACGUCCUCAUCAUCGUCACGAAUGGUUUCACUGCGUUCAUCCCGUGGAAUACAUCCGACUUCUUCGUGGCGUAUAUCAGCGUUAUCAUAUUCUUCGUGAUGUACUUUGGGUACAAGCUGGUGUACAGGACGAAGUUUGUCAAGCCGAUCGAUGCUGACUUGGACACGGGGAGGAAGGAGAUCGAGGAGAUGUAUUUUGAGCAGGUGGUGCCUACGACGCUUUGGGGGAAGUUUUGGGUUUGGAUGGGAUAG